AUGGAUGCUCGCAUCCCGCAACGCACAUAUGUUCGACUGCUUCAUGUCCUUACAAAAACAUGGAUACAUACGACCGAUCCCACCGAAAAGCAAAAUUUGUAUCACUUCAGUAAGACUGAGAAAGGAUGGGUGAAAGUGAUCAGCGAGGAUUUCAAAAUUGAUAAAGAAACGUUUGCAUUGCUGCCGGUUCACCCGGAUGAAGUACGCGAUCUAGAUUUCGCCAAUGACGCAUGCAGGGCACUGCACAGUUUCGCCGCUUUAAUCCGAAGCGGGAAAAUCAUCAGCAAAGAACCACUGAAUGUGACCAUUCAACUACUGACCGAAUGCAUAUAUUUUGUGACUAAUCUGCGCAGUCAUAUAAUCGAUCCAAUAAAAAUUCUCGACUUCAAACCGUCAAGGGAUCGACAAAAACUACUUAGGGAGCAAGGUGUUCUGGAUCAGGUUAUUUUCACAAUGCUUUUUUGCAUAUUUAUGCAGAUGCAACUCAGGUAG